CAAAAGCCGGAAAUGAAAUGGAGUGACGAAUUCGAUCGUGUCCACUCCAAACCCUGCAGCCAUUAACGCACGCUGCUUUAUAAACAGAGCAACCUUCGACCUCGCUGUCUCUUCCUCACCAUAAACAGAGCAAUCUUCUCUUGCUUUUCGCACUUCGUCUCUCUCCCCAAAUCAUGGUGAGGCCACAGCAGCGCUACCGCGGCGUCCGUCAGCGCCACUGGGGAUCCUGGGUAUCCGAAAUCCGCCACCCCCUGCUGAAGACGAGGAUUUGGCUCGGCACUUUCGAGACGGCGGAGGACGCGGCGCACGCCUACGACGAGGCCGCUCGGCUCAUGUGCGGGGCACGCGCGCGGACCAACUUCCCCGGCGGUUCGCCCCCGAAGACCAACUACUUGUCCGCCGCGCUCACCGCGAAGCUCCACCGCUGCAACUUGGCGUCGCUCCAAGCCGCUGCUCAGCUUAAGGGCGGCGGUCAAGGUCGGACGCCGUCGAACGGCCGCGAAACGCCCGAGUUCGCCGACGGCCAGACUAAGCAGGAGGAGUGUGAUGGCCAUGAGGUUGAGUUCGACUGCUUGGAGGAGCACCAAAUAGAGCAGAUGAUACAGGAGCUGCUCGAUUCUAAUCUCUGCAUCGAGAUCUGCUGCACUUCUCUGUGAUCGUCUCAACGUUAUUUAUUUAAUUUUCUCCGAAUUUAGAUGAUUUCAAAUCUAUGCAUCAUCAGAAUAGUAGUUGUUGUACAGGUAUCUGUUCAUAAAGAUUAUCCAGUUGUUAGCAUAAGUCAGUUGAAGUUAUGACUUGCUGCAUAUUCUCCUUUCUAGAUAGAUUAUAAAAGUCUCUGUGUUUUUUACAAGGAAAUUUUCUUCAA